UCAGCUGUUGCCAGAUUAUAAAGAAUUUAUAUUUUAAUGAAUCUGAUAGGGCUCUUAGACACGUAGCUGGUCUUUGGUGUACACAGUUAGCUGUGGUUUAGUCUAGACAGCUGUGGUUUUGUUCAGACAGGUAUCUGUGGUUUUGUUGAGACAGUCCGACAUAAAGACGAACCAUGCAGGUACCGAAACAGUUAUUGAUCAAAGAGAAACUGAUCUUUCUCACUCUGUUGGUGGCCGUGCUGUUGACAAAAACUUCAGCAGAGAGCGAGAGCGAGAACGAGAGCGAGAACGAUGCUGAACCUACGAAGUACAGCAGGAACUUGAUGCAUUUCAUGUCGCUCUUCACGGGACGGUUCGUAAAUGCAAAAUUUGAAGAAAACUAUCAGAGCUCGAAGCUCGAUUUUAAAGUAACCAUCAAGCCUGUCUCUAUGCCAAAAUUUGACAAGAGCCCCACGUUCUUCUUUGAGAGUGUCCACGUCGAGUUUGGGACCACACGGAGUAUUCUAGUUCCCACUGAGAUAAACGACACACUCGUUGCCUUGCAAUACUUCUUCAAGGAUGAGGAGAAAGUCAAAACGGGAAAUGUGCUGUACCUGAAACGGUUGACGAAAGAGGACCUCCUAGAGCACACUCAGUGCCAGUGGAAAUUCUUCACGGCCAACGAUGAAGCCACUAUGUUCCGUGGGUUUUUCCCCAACUGCCUGCUGGGGAGAAUGCGACCAGACGUGUACCCCGCCACCAUCAGCUGCUCCAACAUCGAGUUGCUGCUGAAGCCAGGGAGUAACCACACAGCCACACCCGACCCCAACAUUCCCCGCUACGUCACUGGGAGGACUGAAAGGUUUGACCUGCCCGAAACUUUGACUGCAGCUUACGGUGGGUUUAAGGAUCCAUGUUCAAAGUUACCUCUCUAGAUGCCAGCAGUCAUCUAAGGAGCUGGUCAAAUGUCCAUUGUGAGGAGUCAUCUAAGUAGCUGUUAAAUGUCACGUAGCUGUUAGCUAUCGUCCUCUUAGUAGCUGUUAAAUGUCACGUAGCUGUUAGCUAUCGUCCUCUUAGUAGCUGUUAAAUGUCACGUAGCUGUUAGCUAUCGUCCCCUUAGUAGCUGUUAAAUGUCAAGUAGCUGUCAGUCAGCGUCAUCUUAGUAGCUGUUCAAUGUUAUCUACCUUUAAGGAAGUUAUGUAUCUGACAGAGGCCAUCUUGAUUUGAGAAUAAACAGGGCUAACAAAAAUCUACCCGUGUUUUAGCAGUCAAUGGCUCAUCAAUUUAGAUCAAGAUGUCUUCGCAUAUUUUAAUUACGUGUCAUGAUUGUAAGUUAAAGUAAAUUAUCUGUUGGUGUCCAAAGUUUCAGAAAGGCUAAAUAAAAGUGUCAUAAC